AAAAUGACGUAGGAUUCUGAAAGCGGAUGUGUGACGUUCGUAAUUUGACACCGACCUUCUUUCAAACUCCCAAAGCCUCUUUUGAUUGGCCGAGGAGGUGGUCAUUUGACCAACGGUCGCGGGAAGGUCCGGGGCCAUGCUUCGUAGAGAAGGAGGAGUGGUUUUUCAUUCAAAGUAAUUUCGUAAACAUCACAGUGUCUAAAACCUUGACGUUUUACUGAGAUUUAAGGCUAUUUUAACUGUUUUCGACCUGUCAGUCAUCUUUUUUGGAUUCUGAUAUUCCUUUUCGUGUUCUACAGUUUUUUGAAGUGAACUGUUGCCGCAGCCAUUGUCGGGAGUUGUCGUUGGCUCUACGGUGGUUAGCCGACUGGCUAACAUCUCGGUUCUUUUCGUGAAGUUAACUUUACCGAAGUACAGGAGGUCGCAUUUGGAUUUAUACGGCUUGGAUUAAUUUUUCACGGACUUGUGUACUCACAGACAUUUCGUUUGAGGUAACGUUCAAAUACAUACUGAAACCUUAUUGCAAAUAGUUCUAUCGUAGUGACUGAAAAGUCAAUGUUAUGACUCCGCCAGCAAACUUUGCUGAAGUAUAUUCCUCGCGAUGUUGUGCUCCCUCAUCGGCAGCUAGCUGAGUGGACAGCUAGCCACCGUUACUGCGUCUACACCUACUUUUUUGUUUUGCUUUCUUCUACGCUACUUUAUCUGUUUUGCCACCUACAGUUGUGGUUCUCUCUUUUCCACCAAAGACAAUACGCUCUUGUCUGGGGCGAAAUACAGAACCGGGGAAAAUGAGUUUCAGCUGUAGGCGAGUUGAAAAGACUGUUCACGCAACUUCUCCAAGCCUUCGGCCUCUUCGGCAAAAACUGACAUUUGCAGCGAGCGAUGGCGAGGAGGACUCAAUCGAAGAUAUCAACAACAGCACAGGAGCCGAGUCGGGAUUUACGGAAUUGGACUCCCCUUUGCCUCUGCGGAGGACCACGGUCGACAAGAGGCACGACUCGAGCAGCAGCCCUCGGACAGCGGACGACGACGACAUCGAGUCCUGGGACGAGGAGGGUUUCGGCUCCCCCUCGCAUCUCAUGAUGAAAAACAUUUUUAUGAACAAUUCUCCCUCUCCGCGUAAAGGAGCUCGGACUUAUGACAGCUCGCCAGAGAGGACAUUUGUGCCCGAUGACGGAGAGGCAUCUAGCUCGCCCAUCCCAGACUGUCCAGAUACACCUCCCCACAAAACGUUCAGGAAACUUCGGCUUUUCGAUACCCCUCAUACGCCCAAGAGCUUGCUGUGCAAAGCUCGGACCAGUGCUUCAAGUAGCAGGAGAGUGGCCCUGUUCAGAGAUGUGGAUUCGGGAUUAAAGUCCAGUCUGGACGGCAAGAGGAACCAGACACCUCUCGUGAACAUCAACCCUUUCACGCCAGAUUCCAUUCUGGUUCAGUCGUCAACCUUCCAGCGAAAUACUCGAAAGCGUUCUCACUGGAAUGACUCGUGCGGAGAAGACAUGGACGCCAGUGACGCCGAAACCGAGGAGGAAAUUGUACCACCAUCAAAGAGAAUCAGCAUGAUGGAAAGCAACAUGUCCAUGUCCAGAUACAUGUCUGAGUUCCAUGAGUUGGAGAAGAUUGGCUGUGGGGAGUUUGGCUCAGUCUUCAAAUGUGUCAAGAGGCUGGACGGCUGCAUCUAUGCCAUCAAGCGCUCCAAGAAGCCACUGGCAGGAUCAGUGGAUGAGCAGAACGCACUGCGGGAAGUGUACGCCCACGCGGUGCUGGGCCAGCACCCGCACGUGGUCCGCUACUACUCGGCCUGGGCGGAGGACGACCACAUGCUCAUCCAGAAUGAGUACUGCAACGGAGGCACGCUGUCCGACGUCAUCGCAGACAACGACCGCAAGCUGGCCUUCCUCACCGAGCUGGAGCUCAAGGAGCUGCUGCUGCAGGUGUCGCGAGGACUCAAGUACAUCCACUCCACAGCGCUGGUGCACAUGGACAUCAAGCCCAGCAACAUCUUCAUCUCAAGGAAAACUGUGGUGGAACCUAGCGAAGAUGAGGAGGACGGUCAGACGCCAAGUGUUGUUUAUAAAAUAGGUGACCUUGGUCAUGUGACCAGAGCAACCAAUCCCCAGGUGGAGGAGGGGGACAGUCGGUUCCUGGCCAAUGAGGUUCUUCAAGAGGACUACAGUAAUCUGAUGAAGGCGGACAUCUUUGCGCUGGCACUGACGGUGGUGAGUGCGGCGGGUGCCGACCCCUUGCCCACCAACGGGGACAAGUGGCACGAGAUCCGGCAGGGGCGGCUGCCUGCCAUCCCCCAGGUGCUCUCCCAGGAGUUCCUCGGCCUGCUCAAGCUGAUGAUCCACCCCGAUCCCACGCGCCGGCCCUCCGCCUCGGACCUGAUCCGCCACCCCGCCCUGCUCACAGCCGCACGCAUGAGCGCAGACCAGCUACGCGUCGAGCUCAAUGCAGAGAAAUUCAAGAACGCCCUGCUGCAAAAGGAGUUGAAGAAGGCGCAGCAGGCGAAGGCAGCAGCAGAGGAGAAGGUGUUGUCUACGGACCGCGUGCUGACGCGCUCCACGCUACAGGGAGCAGCCGGAGGAGGAGGAGCAGGAGGAGGAGGAGGAGGAGGCCGAGCCUCCAGACUCAUCGGCAAGAAGAUGAACCGAUCAAUGAGCCUGACCAUCUACUGAAGCACAGCACGCCUUACCCAACGCACACCUCACACACACACACACACACACACACAGUUAAGCACACCUUCCCCAACGCACACAUCUCUCGCUCAGACACACACACACACACACACACACACACACACACACACAAACUCUCGGAAGCACACCUUCCCCAACGCACACAUCUCUCUUCUCACACAGACGCUCUCACUUACACACACACACUCACACACACACACACACACACACACACACACACACACACACACACACACACACACACACACACACACACACACACUCACACUCUGAAGCACCCCUUCAUCAAUGCACACAUAUCUCUUGCACAUACACACAUGCUCUCACUUACACACACACACACACAAACUCUGAAGCACGCCUCCCCCCAACACACACACAGACACAUUCCUGUAGAAAACAAAUGGUGCUAGACAACAGACUGUUUCAACUGCCCUAAUGACUCUUGAGUACUUUCACACUCUGGUCACAAACCCAUGGACACUUUUUUUUAUGAUGGGUUGUGUUCUUCACAAGUCUAUAGAUCUGUCUUUUUUGAAAAUGCAAGCUAGAAUUUCCAUAAGCGAACUUCCUGUUGACUUAAAGUAGAUGCACAACGUUUCUGUAGGCAGUUUUGCUGAGCUCCCACAUUCCGUGUUUCUCACAUCUCCUUAGGUACAAUAGAACUGCUACUUUCCACUCAAGCUUCCGAGUUCCGCAGGAAAAUUCCAUAGCGAGUAGAGAGGUUCCGCACGCUCUCCUGCACUUCCUCUCCCGGCCUGGGCGGGCGCUCUUGCACACAUAGGUGCACUUGCGCCAAGCUGAGGCUGGGUGAACGAACCAGACAAAGACGGGUGUGAGUGUGUAAGCGUACAUGUGCAAAUGUAGGCUGCUGGCUGUGAAUGAAAUGCCUGGAUUUGGGCAGGACAACGUUGUGGUGUGAUGCGGUAUCAUUGCCAUGAAAAUGAGCACUUUGGGUAACAAGAGAAGAGGGAGAGAACUCACCACAGAAGAACGAAUGAAAAGAAGACGAGAAGAAAAAGAAAUAUACCUGCUGCUAUUCAUGUUUGUUAUGAAUCAGGGUUGGGAGAAUUUUAAGAUACAAUUUUGGCUUUUCUCGAAUCAUUGGUUUUACAGUACGUUUAGACGAAAAACACCUGAGAUUAUUGUUUUUGUUUUUUCUUCAAUAAUUGAUGUACCACACAAGUUACAUGCAUAGAAUCUUCUCCAAUAUUUGCAGUUCUCUUUCACAAUUAGAAAACAAAAAGGAAAAAUCAGAUAAUCAUGCAUGUGUUCCACAUGAAUCCCUAGUUGAAUGUCCGUACACUGGUCUAUUAUGCUGUUCGCAGUUAAACUGGAACAGUCUCCAAUCUCACGUCUCCAGCCCUGACAGUAGCAUUAAAGCAAUCAUUGUGCCGUUGUUUGGAUUUCUGUACCAUUGAGUGAUAGAGCUACUUUGACUGUUAUAUUGUGUCUCUGGACACACCACACCUUUGUCAAGGUGUGACGUGUGUGACAUCUCUUGUGCUAAAAAAAAAUCUAAUACUUUAUUACGUUUUGUUUGUACAUAGGUUCUCAUAAUAAAUUCUCACCAUAAAUUGA